UAUCUAGAGUUAACAGGAGGGGAUUUAUUUUUCAAUCUAAAGUUUUUCUCCCCUCUAAUAAGACCUCUGAAACUCAUAAGCCAUCUUUAAGAAUUUCUUACAAAAACAUGCUGGAAGACAGUGGAUCUUGUUUGUAUCCUGAAGAUUUUUUUCUCUUUGUUAUUUUAAAUUAAUUGUCAACAGAUGUGGAAGUGUUGCGUUGGUUCUUAAGUCAUUCAGAGAAGGGAAAGAUGCAUCUACUCAAGGUUGGCACUUGGAGAAACAACACUGCCUUUUCCUGGCUUAUCGUGUUCAGUGUUCUUUGGCUUAUUAGUCAGAACUGUUGCAGAGCAAGUGUUGUUUGGACGGCUUAUAUGAACAUAUCAUUUCAUGUUGGGAAUCAUGUGUUGUCAGAGUUGGGAGAGACUGGAGUCUUUGGAAGAAGCUCCACUUUGAAGAGGGUGGCAGGAGUCAUAGUGCCACCAGAGGGAAAAAUCCAAAAUGCAUGUAAUCCCAAUACCAUUUUCAGCCGAUCAAAGUACUCAGAGACCUGGCUUGCACUUAUUGAACGGGGAGGUUGUACUUUCACACAGAAAAUUAAAGUGGCAGCUGAGAAGGGAGCCAGUGGAGUGAUCAUCUAUAACUUUCCAGGAACUGGCAACCAGGUGUUCCCCAUGUUUCAUCAGGCAUUUGAAGAUGUCGUUGUGGUUAUGAUUGGUAACUUAAAAGGCACGGAAAUUUUCCAUUUAAUUAAGAAGGGAGUUCUCAUUACAGCCAUGGUUGAGGUGGGGAGAAAGCACAUCAUCUGGAUGAAUCACUAUUUGGUCUCUUUUGUGAUUGUCACAACUGCUACCUUAGCAUAUUUCAUCUUUUAUCACAUUCAUAGACUUUGUUUAGUGAGGAUUCAGAACCGGAGAUGGCAGCGAUUAACAACAGAUCUUCAGAAUGCAUUUGGACAACUCCAACUUCGAGUGGUAAAAGAGGGGGAUGAGGAAAUAAAUCCAAAUGGAGAUAGCUGCGUAAUUUGCUUUGAACACUAUAAGCCUAAUGACAUAGUUCGUAUUCUGACUUGUAAACAUUUUUUCCACAAGAAUUGCAUUGACCCCUGGAUUUUAUCCCAUGGGACAUGCCCCAUUUGCAAAUGUGAUAUUCUUAAAGUUUUGGGGAUUCAAGUGGAUGUUGAAAAUAGAACAGGACCUUUGCAAGUUCUGAUGUCAAGUGAACUGCCUGAAACCUUAUCACCUAGUGAAGAGGAGACAAAUAACGAAAUUUCUCCUGCAGGAACCUCAGUUAAAGUAAUCCAUGUGGAGGAGAACCCUACUUCUCAGAAUAAUGACAGCCAGCCUCAUUCAGUAGUGGAAGAUGUUUAUCCUUCACCCUGAUGGCCUGACUUUUGAGGAAGUGUAUUAAACCUGUAUGUGAAAUCAGAUCCUGAUACUGACAAGCA